CUAUUUUGUAUGAUUAUAAUCCUCAAAGCUGAAAUUGAUAUCCUUGAACAGCUUCACUCCGUAUUUAUUUGGCCAUCUUGUUUCCGGUUUCGAAAAUUAUAAAAUUCUCUCCACUUUUCGACGAUUUAUAUGUAAAUGAUGAACACUUUACCGACACAAUCACGACUCAUGAAUGUUCAACAAGGCACACCAACUAGCGGUAACCUGCAGCAUGUAGACAGAGAGAAAAUCUACCAGUGGAUCAUAGAGCUUGCCAGUCCUGAUACCAGAGAGAAUGCCCUCUUGGAACUCAGUAAGAAGCGAGAAGUGGUCCCUGAGUUGGCCCCUAUGUUGUGGCACUCAUUUGGUACUGUGGCAGCUUUACUUCAAGAAAUCAUCAAUAUAUAUCCAGCAAUAAACCCUCCACAUCUAACUGCUCAUCAAUCAAACCGUGUGUGCAAUGCUCUAGCCCUGCUACAGUGUGUAGCCUCUCACCCUGAAACAAGAUCUGCCUUCCUUCAAGCUCAUAUUCCACUUUUUCUGUACCCAUUCCUCCACACUGUAAGCAAGACCCGGCCAUUCGAAUACUUAAGACUUACCAGUCUUGGAGUCAUUGGUGCCCUAGUCAAGACUGAUGAACAAGAAGUGAUAAACUUUCUACUAACAACAGAAAUUAUUCCACUAUGUCUGAGAAUUAUGGAAUCUGGGAGUGAACUAUCAAAAACUGUAGCCACAUUUAUUCUGCAGAAAAUUCUCCUAGAUGACACAGGGUUGUCUUACAUCUGCCAGACAUAUGAACGAUUCUCACACGUUGCUAUGAUAUUGGGUAAGAUGGUGUUACAACUUGCCAAGGAACAAUCGGCACGUCUCUUGAAACACGUCGUAAGGUGUUACCUCAGACUCUCAGAUAAUCCAAGGGCCCGUGAAGCAUUACGUCAGUGUCUUCCAGACCAACUAAAAGACAAUACAUUUGCCAGUUGCCUAAAGGACGAUAACUCCCAACGUUGGCUACAGCAAUUGUUGAAGAAUUUAGAGCCCCAAUCAGGGGUUGCAGGGACUGUAGGGAGCCAGUCUGGGCCUAAUCUAGGAAUGCCUAACACCCCUAAUAUCCCCCUCCCACCACAGCAAUCACUGAAUGGAGCUUCUUAGUAUUAGGAUCCUAAACAUAGAAUGUCAUGGUAGGAGUAGAGAGGAAAAAAGGAGAAAUAAACAAGAUAUUGAGACUUAUAUGAGUGACAUUGAGUCUGUAGGCUGUAAAGAAAGGCAAUAAAAAUUGACAUGUAUUUCAUCAAAAAUGGAUCUGCUUUGAAAAGAUAUUCAAGAAAAGCUCAUGGAUUAUUUUGAGCAGUGGAGAUACAGAAUACUUCAUGUAGUUAUGAUAUUUUAUUGAAAGUCCCUCUUGUUUUAUUGUACAGCUAGUUAAAGGCAGAAUUAGAUCUAGCAAGAUGGCACUAGCUAGUCUCCGAGUACUUUUGACAAAAAUUGUUUCAAUUUUAGAAUAUUU